UUAUCACUGGUGUUUGGAUUCUGCCUGUGUAUGUACAUGUAAGCCUUGUCUGCAGUUUUUGUGUUAAAUGUCACAAACUGCAUCAUGCUCUCCGGUGUAUUGCAUUUAGGUCCUGUUCUGCACUUGGCCUUCUGUGACAGGAUUUUACAUGUAUUUUGAUGGUGACAUGUCAUUUUAGGAACUUGGAACAUCAGAGGCAAGUCAAGCUCAUUUUAAAGCACGACACAUCUCUCCUCGUAAGUGACUUCAGCUAUUUUUGCCUUCAUUAGGGUGGCUGCCUUCAAAGAGCUGUAGAACAUGACAGUUUCAUGCUUCUGACCCAAACUUGAAGACCAAAUGUUAGAUUAAUUUGACAGAAAAGAAAUAAUAAAUGUCUUUACCUUCCAUGGUCAAACUGUUUGUAUGUGAUUAUGGGUGUAUGCUCAUUUGCAAAUGUGAACACAUUAAUGAAUAGGUGUUUGAUUUAGUGUGACAGAUGGGAAAUAUUACUUUAAAGGGUUUUGUAGUACGUUCAAUGGAAGGGACAGAGAGGUGUUGUUGCAAUAGGUAAACCGCACAAACACAUGCUCAGACGCAGGCAGUUGAUGUGGAUGGCAGCUUGACAGUGACUGUCUGCCCCCUUAAUAAUGUGAAUGAAGGUUGCAAAAUACAUUUAGUGGCCCAGCAUGAACUCUCACACAUGUGAGAACCCUAACAACUGGGAUUUAUUGCUUUGUGCAGUAAUAGUUUGACAACUUAAAUUCAGCACUCAAAUGAGGUAGUAGUCGUAAUGGGAUUAGAAUCUGGAAAUCGUCAUUGAUUCAACUUUAUAAAAGCAGCAUUUUGGCCAGCGCCACUUUCAUCAUGCUUGGCUGGUCCCUGUGCGUCAUUGAAUGUGUGCAUGCAUUAUUGGUAAAUGGCCUUUUUGUUCACUUUAUUUUUGCUCUCUGAGCUGCUUAUUCAAACAGAAGAACUGAAUAGUCAUAAUUUAGAAACUACUCAGGUAUGACACAAUAGAGCAAAAUUACUUCAAGUAGUCAGACAUGGUUGACUUCAACCUAAGAUCAUUUAAUAUUCUUAAACUCAUGAGAUAUUUUCACGUGAAAAUUCAAAGGUUUUGCAGCUGAAGCGGUAUGACAGAAGGCAAUAGGGAUAUGAUAAACAUGGUUUGGUUAGUGGGCUAUUGAGCUAUAUCGGGUGCCAUUUGUGGCAACAUGUUCAACUUCUUAUAAAAUCGAUGUUACGACCCACGGGCCGUUUGUGUAUAUGGGAUGUUGUGCUUGUGUGUUUUCCCUCUCUGCUCUAAGCAGGAACUUGCCCUGCCCCCAAGGCUGCAGCCAGCAACCUGAGGAGCGCAGCUGAUUCCACUCUCCUAAUCAGUGGAGAGUAUCAGGGCUGGUGAAGGAAGCUGCUGUAGGUGAGAGUAUGGUGGUCUACAGCAAAGACAGUAACCGGCAGUGGAACAUUGGAAGUCCUGUGGUUAAGUGAGGAGAAAGAGGAUGCUGCGCUCUACUCUCGGUGCGUUCUUGCCACCUCUCCGGUCAGCACAUGCUGCCUCUGACUCAGCCUCAGCUUUCAGUUGUCUCCGCCUGAAGGACUUCAGAGAGGAGGUGGAGGAGGAACCAAAGGAUACGCUGGAGAUCAGGAGCUUUCACACCAGGGUCCCCAACAGGAACAACAACCGCAGGAGACCGGAACAGAGCAACUGCUCCUCAUCUGUGGUGGAAACUAAUAAUACCUCAGCAGUGACCACAUCCUCUGCCUCCUCUACUUUCCCUUCCUCCUCUUCCUCCUUCUCGGCUCCAAGAUCCAUGUGGCAAGAGGCAAUAAGGAGGAAGCGGUAUCUCCUGGACCGGACAGGGGAGUCUGGUGAAGGGGAUAAAGGAGGAGGUCAGGAGAAGAGGAACAGGUCCCCAGAUUGGCUGUAUGAGUCCUACUACUGUAUGAGCCAGCAGCAUCCUCUGAUUGUGUUUCUGCUGCUCAUAGUGAUGGGAGCCUGCCUGGCUCUGCUGACUGUGUUCUUUGCUUCAGGAUUGAACAUUGAGGACCAUGUGGCCUUUGUAAUCACUGUGCCCACAGCACUGGCUAUCUUCCUGGCUGUGUUUGUACUCGUCUGCAUUGAGUCCAUCUUCAAGAAGCUUCUCCGUGUUUUCUCCCUGGUCAUCUGGGCCUGCCUGGUUGCCAUGGGUUACCUUUUUAUGUUUUCUGGCGGGAUAAUUUGUCCGUGGGAUCAGGUAUCAUUCUUCCUGUUCAUUGUGUUUGUGGUUUACACCAUGCUGCCGUUCUCUAUGCGGGACGCCAUCGUCGCCAGUAUCCUGACCUCCGCCUCUCACACCAUUGUGUUGAGUGUCUGCCUGUCCACCACAGCUGAUCACAUGGAACCAGUAGUGUGGCAGAUUUUGGCCAAUGUUAUCAUUUUCAUGUGUGGCAACAUGGCGGGGGCGUACCACAAGCAUCUGAUGGAGUUGGCACUUAAACAGACUUAUCAGGACACCUGCAACUGCAUCAAGUCCCCAAUUAAACUGGAGUUUGAGAAAAGACAACAGGAGCGUCUCCUGUUGUCUCUGCUGCCAGCUCACAUUGCCCGGGUGAUGAAAGCUGAGAUCAUACAGAGACUGAAGGGCCCAAACUUUGGCCAGAUGGAGAACACAAACAAUUUUCACAAUCUCUAUGUCCAGAGACACACUAAUGUCAGUAUACUGUAUGCUGAUAUAGUGGGAUUCACACGGCUGGCCAGUGACUGCUCACCUGGAGAGCUGGUGCACAUGCUGAAUGAGUUGUUUGGCAAAUUUGAUCAAAUUGCGAAGGAAAAUGAAUGUAUGCGGAUCAAAAUCCUCGGGGACUGUUACUACUGUGUGUCUGGUCUGCCGGAGUCUCUGUCGAACCAUGCUAAGAACUGUGUGAAAAUGGGUCUGGACAUGUGUGAGGCCAUCAAGAAAGUGCGAGAUGCCACAGGGGUUGACAUCAACAUGCGUGUUGGCGUGCAUUCUGGAAAUGUCCUGUGUGGUGUGAUUGGACUCCAGAAAUGGCAGUAUGAUGUUUGGUCACACGAUGUCACGCUGGCCAAUCAUAUGGAGGCAGGAGGUGUACCAGGGCGAGUCCACAUCACCUCAGUGACACUGGAGCACCUAAAUGGUUCUUAUAAGGUGGAAGAUGGGGAUGGACAAGAAAGGGAUCCCUACCUUAAGGAACAUGGAGUCAUCACUUAUCUGGUCAUCAACCCAAAGGUGGAGCGUCGGAGCCCACAGCAUCAUUACCGUUCCAGACACACUAUGGACGGAGCAAAAAUGAGAGCCUCAGUCAGAAUGACCCGCUACCUGGAGUCCUGGGGAGCAGCCAAGCCCUUUGCCAACCUGCACCACAGAGACAGCAUGACUAAUGAGAAUGGGAAGAUCAACACUGCUGAUGUGCCUAUGGGGCAGUAUCACUUCCAGAGGAGAUCAGAAAGAACAAAGUCUCAGAAGAAACGUUUUGAGGAGGAACUUACCGAGAGGAUGAUCAGGACCUUUGACGGGAUAAAUUCACAAAAACAGUGGCUCAAGUCCGAGGACAUCCAAAGAAUAUCGUUAUUCUUCCACAACAAAUCCUUGGAGAAGGAGUACAGAGCAACAACCUUGCCGGCCUUCAAAUACUAUGUCACCUGCGCCUGUUUGAUCUUUUUCUGCAUUUUUAUCGUGCAGAUUCUCGUCCUUCCAAAGACAACUGUCCUGGGAAUAUCCUUUGGAAUGGCUUUUCUUAUCCUUUCCUUGAUCCUCUUCAUAUGUUUCAUCGGACACUUUCUGCACUGCAGUAAAAGUGCCUCCACUUCUUGGAUGUGGCUGCUGAGGUCAUCAGUCAUUAUUGCCAACAAGCCAUGGCCCCGCAUCACUCUCACCAUGACAACCACAGCUCUAAUACUCAUAAUGGCAAUCUUCAACAUGUUCUUUUUGGAAGACAAUUUGUUGCCUCCCGUUCCUGUUUACAAUUCAUCCAACGAAACACUGUUUUACCCUAAUGGACAACUAAUCACCUUCACAGACAAAAACAAUUUCUACCUUCCUUAUUUAAUUUACAGUUGCAUACUGGGCCUCAUCUCUUGCUCGGUAUUCCUGAGGAUAAACUACGAGCUGAAGAUGAUCAUCAUGUUGACAGCUGUGGUGGUUUACAACAUCAUUAUUCUACAAACACAUGCCUCUCUUCUGGACGAAUAUAGUAGAUUUCUGUACAAGACUGAAAGCCUGGACAGGCCUGGCGUCCUCAAAGACCUGAAGACUAUGGGCUCUAUCUCCCUCUUUAUCUUCUUCAUCACUCUGCUUGUGCUUGCCAGACAGAAUGAAUAUUACUGUAGGUUAGACUUUCUGUGGAAGAACAAGUUCAAGAAGGAGUGCGAGGAGAUUGAAACGAUGGAGAACCUCAACCGGGUUUUGUUGGAGAAUGUCCUGCCUGCGCACGUUGCAGAACAUUUCCUGGCGCGCAACUGGAAGAAUGAGGAUCUGUAUCACCAGUCCUAUGACCUGGUGUGUGUCAUGUUCGCCUCCAUCCCAGACUUUAAAGAGUUCUACACCGAAUCUGACGUCAACAAAGAAGGAUUAGAGUGCCUCAGGCUCCUCAACGAGAUCAUUGCUGAUUUUGAUGAGCUGCUGUCCAAGCCUAAAUUCAGCGGUGUGGAAAAGAUCAAGACCAUUGGCAGCACUUACAUGGCUGCCACUGGACUGAACGCAUCACCUGGGCCUGAGUACACAUCACAGGAGCAUGACAGGCAGUACAUGCACAUAGGGACCAUGUUAGAGUUUGCAUUUGCCUUGGUGGGGAAGCUGGAUGUUAUCAACAAACACUCCUUCAAUGACUUCAAACUCAGAGUUGGUAUCAACCAUGGUCCAGUGAUUGCUGGAGUCAUUGGAGCCCAAAAACCACAAUAUGAUAUCUGGGGGAACACAGUGAAUGUAGCCAGCCGAAUGGACAGCACUGGAGUCCUAGGAAAAAUACAGGUGACGGAGGAGACGAGUCGCAUCCUUCUGACCCUGGGCUACAUGUGCUCUUGUAGAGGCAUCAUCAACGUCAAGGGCAAAGGAGAGCUCAAGACUUACUUUGUUCACACAGAGAUGACCCGCUCACUGUCCCAAGGGAAUGUAAUGCCGUAAGAUUGGCUCAGAUAAUGCUGGACUUUAGACAGGCACAAAGAACAGAUGUCCUCAAUGCUGUUGUAACCGAAACAAAGUGUGAGGCACGAAGGAAUCAGAUCUGCGCUGUGAGGUAGAUAAAAAUCUGAUUUUAAUGUUGCAUUGCAAGUUACCUAUGCCACAGCUGUAAUAUACAUUUUGUCACUUAUGUAACUGUAAGUGUAGCAUGUACAGCAAGUAGGCAAUAACCCCAGAAAUAUAAUGUCAUAAGAAUGUUGGAUUUAGAAAAGCCACAGUGGAGAAUCUGAAAUGGUCUAAAUUAAUAUUCUGACUCAGUUCUUGGAGGCCCUUAGCAGUCUCUUUGCCGUAAAAUACUCUUUUACAGCCAGGUACACCGAAAACAGAAUCUAUGUUCUGUUCAUGUGACAGUACAUUUUGGAUUUCAAACGAUGUACUAUACAGUGAAAAGAAGGGAAACCAAGAGUGGAAACAAAAACAUCAAGGCCUCUUGAGAGUAAACAAUGGUAAUUUAUUUAAAGACAUGCUGGUGUUAUGGAUAUAAGGAAGUUUGCGUGUCCCCAACUUAAUUUAAAGUGAUACAAAAGGCAUCAGAAGGAACAUCUGAUAUCAGAAUGAAAUCUAAGGACAGAUGUUACUAAGGAAAAGUGCAUGACCCCUGUUGCAAAGGAGAAGCUGGUCCUGUGUAAAAACAGGCAGCCAACAAGGAGACAUACAUACGUGUAUAUAACUCUUCAACCUUGCAGAAGCAAGAAGUCUUGGAUGUAUUUUACAGAUGGCCCAUACAAGGAAAAAGCAUAAAAAAAUAAUCUAUGAAUAUAUUGUGAUAUUCAUGCAGGGCCAAGUUUCACCACAGCUGUCUUUGCACUUAAAUUAUCUUGUCUUCAUUGACUGUUUACACAAAACUAACAAUAUUAGUCUUUAUGCCAUAGGUCUGAUUUGGCAAUGCCUGCUGAAAAUGGAAAAUCAGGUGUCGGUUGCUGUUCAGACAAGGUUGAAAGGAUCAGAGCCGUUAGAGUCAAACUACUGGAUAACAAAGGGAUAAAGAUGAUUUUAGUGUCAAGAUUAUAAUUUGGGAAACCCAAGCCUGAUCUGUGUACAGGGUAGCUUUAGAGUGCAUAUGGUACGGUGGUUUUGUAACAAAAGAAAAUACUACCAAAAAAGUGUUUUGAUGUAUUGAUGAUGCCUUUGUUUUUUGUAAAAACUUCAUUAAAAUUUCUAUGUAUUUCA